UUAACUUGUUUUAUUAAUUAUUUCUAAAUGAGUCACAUAUUAAGUUAAUCGGUAAUUCAAAAAUGUUCACUAAGUGCAUGAAUUUAUAACCUAUAAAUAAUAAUAGUCGAUUGUUUUUUUUUUCUAUAUAUACUUAUGUGCAUAUAUAUAUAUAAACUUAUGUCACAGACUUCGCGAUUUUUGGUUUAGUUACGGUUCAUAAUAUAAUUAUAGUUAUUUUUGUUGUUAUGCAAAAAUAAACUGUAACUAGAAAAAUGCCUUUCUUCAGUGUGAAGUCAUUGACUGUGGCUCUGGGUAUUUCCCUCUGCAGUGUCACAGGAUAUUUGAUUUAUAUUUUUCUAAAGGAUGAUGAAGAUGAUUAUAACUCAGACAUUAUUUCCUCAAAGUAUAAGAUUACAGAGAUUGUGAUUCCCAAAGAUAAUGUGGGUAUGAUAAUUGGCAGGAAAGGCAAUAAAAUUAAGGAGUUUGAGCAGCUAUCAAAUACUAAGAUAAGUUUUAAGGAUCAUAGGGAAGAUAAGAAAAUGAACAUAUGUAUUAUUAAGGGGGUCGCUGAUAGCUGUUUGUUAGCAGAGCAAUUGAUUAUGCAUUACAUAGACAAUCAACAAAUUAUUGAGUGUGAGACUAUGUGGGUGCCCCAUGGAGCUGUCGGAAAAAUCAUAGGCAGGUGUGGUGAUAGAAUUACAGAAAUCACUAAAGUUACUGGGGCUCAAAUCACUGUGGAUUCAGAGAGAACAAAUAAUAUCAGAAAAGUUACCUUGAAAGGCAGUGCAAAUCAAAUUAAUCUAGCGAAGUCAUACAUAGAGGAUAUAAUUGAAAAAUACAAUGAGAGUAAAGCAUCCUUAGAAGCUUCAUUGGCAAAGCGAGAACCCAGAAUGCCAUCUAAACACUCUCAAGAUCUAAAUAAAGCUGAAAGUCCCAAAGUUGAACGAAUGUCGCCCAUACCUGGUCAAUCAGACAGUCCAUUUGAAGUAUACGUUUCAGCUAUGAUUGAUCCAUCGCGGUUCUGGGUACAGAUUGUGGGUCCCAAAGCGACUGAAUUGGACGUACUCGUCGAAAACAUGACCGAAUAUUAUAAGAUACCUAACAAUCGCGAUGGACACAUACGGGAGACCGUGUCCAAAGGCGAUUUGGUUGCGGCUACCUUCCAAUACGAUAAUAAAUGGUAUCGGGCUGAAGUGUUGAAUGUUACUGAAGAUGAGAAAGAAAAUUCAGCGUUGUUGUAUUAUGUGGACUACGGUGAUACGGAUACCGUGGCCUGUAAAGAUCUGUUCGAACUGCGUACCGACUUCCUAAGAUUGCAUUUCCAAGCUAUUGAGUGUUUCUUAGCAAAAGUAGAGCCUGUCGGAGAGGAAUGGUCAAGCGGAGCCAUCGACAAGUUUGAGGAAUGGACACACGCGGCGCAAUGGCGGAAGUUAUCGGCGAAGAUAAAUGGAUAUUGCGUGCGAGAAAAGACGAGGGCCAAGAGAGAGGGUUCCCCAGUACCCGGUGUCGACCUCUUCGAUGUCAACAAUGAUCAGGACGUGGACAUCGCCGAAGAGCUUGUGCGGAACGGACACGCUGCUUACAAGAAGGAAAGUGAGAAGCCCAGCAGGUCCACGAGUGUUAGUAACGUUAGUGUAGAAUCAAGCCCAUAAACUUGUACCUGGACGAUAACAUAGCCAUCUUCCAUACACCGAGCAUUUGAUACGUGUGUGGCCUAGUAAUAAGAUCUGAUUUUUUUGUUUGUUAUGUUUCAUGCCAAUUAGCGCCAAGAUUUUUAUUUUUUUAUACAAUUUUUCUUCAUUUCUAAAAUAUUUUAUUAUUGUUGUAUAACUUAUAUACUUAUAAAGUGCCUAUAUUGCUAAGUUUUAAAAAUAUUGUUUUCGCUUAAGACAAAUGAAUUCACUUAUUGUAAAUAAUAUUUAUUAGUGCCAUUAAAUAUGUAGUAUACAAUGGA